AUGAUGAAACUGCAGAAGACGAGGAAGAACCUGAAAAAAACACACAAAACAAUUCCAGAAAAAUCUGUAACAAAGAGGAAGAAACCUAUGCGACUAAGUGAUGCAUUGAUUCGUUGUAAGAGGCCCCUUAAUGACAGUCAUGAUGUCAGCGUGAUACAGCAGUUGACCACUGAGUUGCAGCAGUAUGGUGGUUUGUGGGACAGUGUUAAGAUUAUUGAUAAGCAGUUGGCCUCUUUAUGUAAAGAAAGCAAAUAUUCUGCCGUGGUAUGCCAACUGCAAUUUAGGAGGUUUGUUCUUGGUAUGAAAAACGAGAGGGGUAUUUUUAAUACCUCAGUUGAAGGGAGGAAAUUGAGCCUGGAGAAGCUUGUGUCAAAUUUGAAACGGAAUGUGUCAACAGUUGUCAAAGCUACAGAGGAACCACAGCCUGUGUUAGUAAAUGCAUCUGAACAAGGGCCUCAGUCUGUUGACAGGGUACUUAUAGAACGCAAUAGUGUGAGAGAGAGAGAACCAAAGCUGAGUAGGGCUGAGGGUUCAAGAAAUGGAGGGAGAUGCAAAACUCAGAAGAAUGAGGUCAUGAAUGAUGGAGAGGAUCAACUCAAGAACUGUAGCAGAACCUCACAAAAACAAGUGGAAAUGCAGUCAGGCAUGAACAAAAACGAGGUAUUGGCUGAUGAAGCAUUGAAUUGUGAAAUGCUGGAAAGAAUGGACCAACCCACCACCACUGCCCAAGAAUCUUGCUCCGUUUACUUUGAGUUUGACUGUCCAUAUGGGGCAAGUGCCCUAAAGAAGGCAGGAUCAACAAAGGUGGGGGGUAAACAGGACAAUACACAUAGGUGUUCUAUCUUAUUUUCAGUCGAUGGAAACAGCCUGAGCGACAAUAGGAUCCCAGUCGUCUCUCACUCAGAGCAGCUCCUUGGAAAGCGUGUAAAGCAAGCCCUCGACGGCAAUAUUGAGUUCUUCUCCGGGACAGUUGUGAAAAUGAAAGAGGAGAACGGUGUGAACUUGUUCCAAGUCAAAUACGAUGACCUCUGUAUAGAUUGGUGGAUUGACCUUUGGAAGGAAUAUGAGCAGAAAAAUGUCUUGGUUUUGCCCAUUGAUUUUGGAAGUAUUAUUGGCAAAAAGGUGGAACAACGUGUUGCAAUUGAUGAUGGUCAGGAAACAUGGCGGGUUGGAGACCUAAGCUUUAGUGCUAAAGGAGACACUCAGUAUGCAGUUUGAUGGACUUAAAUUUCUUUUAGUAAGGGUAUGCACACUUUUGGAAGAUUAUUUAGAAAAUAGGUUAAGAAUUCUGUCGUAGAACCUUAUAUCACUGCUUUAGUAAGUGUUGUUCCAUAUCCCCGAUUUAGAAUUAUUUCGUACAUCCAGGAUCCAUGUUAGCCUUAAUUAGAAUAAAGGAGUAAUUUUUAUAUAAGACAAAAUUGAAUGCUGUUUUCUAAUAUUAGUUUCCUGUUACUUACUCCAAUUUUCUACUAUUGGUAAAAUCUUUCAAACUUUAAUAUGUGCUUUCUUAUUAUAAUGAUGCUACAGUUUUUGUGUUGGGGAAGCUACUAUGAAAAUAAAGUUUACUGAGCUAACAAUUACUUCACACGGGUAGAAGUUAAGCAACCCUUAAAGGUCAUGAACAGUCAAAAUCAUGUUUUUCAUGAAAUGUUAUGAUAUUUGGAUUAAAACAGAUCAAAGUAUGAUGACCAGUAUGAAAACUUACUUGCUUCAACAGUGAUAGUUUGAUCAUGAAGUUACUGGUCCCCUCCCCCAUGUCAAACAAUUGGAUUCAGGAGGUGGGAUUAUUAUGGGGAUAGGGUGACAUUGUUGCUAAACCUUCCAAAUGUCGACAAAACAAAAUAUGCUAGACAAAAUUGAAUCUUUCUGUGUCUGUAAAAUUAAUUAUGUUAGAAAUGUCGGUAAAAAAACGCUUUUAUGCGCAAAUAUUGACCCCGUAAAAACCACCAUUUCGAAGUAAACUGGGAGUCACGCGAUAAAAUGUUGUAUGGUCCUCCCACUACGACUUGUUGGGAAUAUAAGGCUGUCCCCAACAAAAAACAUAUUGGUUUGAAUUUAGUUAUAUAAACUACCACCAAGCUACUGAAAAAUGCAGUUAAAUUACUAGUUGAAUUACAUGUAGUUCACUACCGACCAACACGGUACAGUUUAAAUGAUAGGCUACAAUUUCAACACUUCGAGUCAAAUGAAAAUAAUAUAAUUUGGUGCAAAUGCACAUGAUAAUAUUGUGGUGGUUCACACUUCAAAACCAUGACAUUCACUGCUGAGAAUAGUCAGUUUGAGUGAAGUUACAAAGGCAGAAUACAAGUUAAGGGCUUAAAGUUGAGGGACGUGGGGAAACAUUUAUUUUUUAAUGUAGGUGUAAUUUCAUUGAGAAGAUAUGCCCUUCUAAUGAACAACCAAGACUUCUACUGAAGGGGAGAAUUAUUAGUUUAUAGGAAGAGAAGAACUGAGCGAGCUCCCUCAGCCUACUAUUUACUCUUAUGCCUACUGUUGUUGGUGGAAGGAAUACCUGAGCAUAAUACAUUUUCUCUGGCACAGCAUUAUAAUGGACACAUUGAACCCAAUAAUUUUAGUUUUUUUAAUUUUGGCGAAACAUGAGGAUUCCCCCCUCCCAGGAAUAACUUUUAUCGAUCCUUAUUGUUCUUAUGGAUAUAAUUCAGUUGGAGUUCUUUGUUUGUUUUAUGAUCCAAGUUCCACUGAACUGUGGAAGAAAUAUUUUUAUUCUGUUAAGUCAGAGGUAUGUCCCCAAGCCUGCAAUCUGUUGUUUCAUCCCCUGUGGACCAAAGAGAUGUCAGACAAAAAAAGGACUUAUGGAACCACUGGUGCCAGGGCUGUAACUGUGGACAACUGACACAUUUUUUUAUUUUUUAUUAUUAUUAUUUUUUUAUCCCCUUUUCUCCCCAAUUUUUCGUGGUAUCCAAUCGCUAGUAAUUACUAUCUUGUCUCAUCGCUACAACUCCCGUACGGGCUCGGGAGAGACGAAGGUCGAAAGCCAUGCGUCCUCCGAGGCACAACCCAACCAAGCCGCACUGCUUCUUUAACACAGCGCGCUUCCAACCCGGAAGCCAGCCACACCAAUGUGUCGGAGGAAACACCGUGCACCUGGCCCCCUUGGUUAGCGCGCACUGCGCCCAGCCCGCCACAGGAGUCGCUGGAGCGCGAUGAGACAAGGAAAUCCCUACCGGCCAAACCCUCCCUAUCCCGGACGACGCUAGCCCAAUUGUGCGUCGCCCCACGGACCUCCCGGCUGCGACAGAGCCUGGGGGCGAACCCAGAGACUCUGGUGGCGCAGUUAGCACUGCGAUGCAGUGCCCUAGACCACUGCGCCACCCGGGAGGCCGACAACUGACACAUUGACGAAGGGGAGGACAUGGAUGAGGAACCCUCAGUUUUGUGUCCCCAGCACUUCACCAUGAACAGAAACUGUGCAACAACAUACAUUUGUUACUAGCGGCACUCUGCCCUUACGGGCGGUAAAUCAUUUUAAAUGAUUAAUUAAUUGAAUGUACAUUUUUACCCCCCGUUUAUUAUCUCAAUUUCUUUGGUUUCUGGAUUCUGCUAAUCUUCUCAACUACAGAGCAUUUAAAACAUUUCCUGUGGGAUCAUGCUUUUCUUUCAAAGUCAAUGAUUUUAUGAGCCUACUAGAUGAACCCAUGAUACCAUCAACUUAAAAAUGCAUGAUGUAGGCCUGGGUCAAACACUGCAGUGUAAUAAUGACUGAGAUUAUGAUUUAUUGUAAUUACUCAUAUUUAACUGUAUUUACACUGUGGUGUUAGUUUACAAUUACAUUUACAAACAAUGGAGUACAUUUUUAUUUUAUUUUGGGUUGUAAUGGGGUAUGACAGUUGAAAUAAGCUCAUGAGGCAUUUUAUAAGUUACAUCCUUCAAGAAUCAUUGGGUUAUACACUAGGGAUGAAUCGAUAUGACAUUUUUGGCCGAUACCUAUAUCAAAUAUUUUCCUUACAAAAAAAAACAAUACUGAUAUUUAGCAUUUUAGCGGCCUUUUAAGAAUUCUAGUACAGUUAAAUAGGUAACACGCACACACACACGGACGCUGCGGUCUAAGGCACUGCAUCUCAGUGCAAAAGGCGUCACUACAGUCCCCAGUUCGAAUCCAGGCUGUAUCACAUCUGGCCGUUAUUGGGAGUCCCAUAGGGCUGCGCACAAUUGGCCCAGCGUCGUCCGGGUUUUGUAAAUUGUAAAUAAGAAUUUGUUCUAAACUGACUUGCUGAGUUAAAUAAAGGUUAAACACACACCACACCACACUGACCAAAAGGUUAUUUUGUUGGCAUUUACGUAUGUCCCAAUUACCAGUAAAACAUAAUCAAAACCUAUUUUUUUUCACUUACUUGCUGUGCUGUUUCGUUCAUUUCUUCAGUUGAUUCAUUCGCAACCAGGAUUUCAUAUUACAUUCAGCAAUGAAGUUUCAGCUCUGUCUGUCCAUGGCCUCUCUUCCUCGUUGCGCAGUCAUUGUGUCCAUUUCCAUCUUGUCCAGCUGUGUAUGUAACAUUUCACGUAAACCCUGUUUCUUGUCUGCAUUGAAGUAGCGGUCCUUGCACCUAGCAUCAAGCAUGGUGGCGACAGAGUAAAGAGGCUCAGAGAGAAUGCCACCGAAUCACUUGUUCACAGCUUCGAGUAUAUUUGUAAGUUUUAACUCCGCAGUCUGUGUCUGCAGUUUUGUUGAGCAGGCGUUUCAAUGCCAUGACAGAGGGUAUCACGUCUGCUGCAGACGCAGUUGAUGAGCUUAUUUCUCGAGUCAGUUGUUCGAAUGGCGCUAGGAGUGUGUUCAUGUUUCCACGUUUCAAACAUUUUCUCAAAUGCCAUUGAAAUGGCAGCAGUGGUAUGAUAACCAGCACAUUCUUGAGUAUGCAAUACGGCAUUCCUCAGUACGAAAUGCUCGUCGACCCACUGGGCUGUCAGACUCAGCAUGCUCAUAGGGCUGACAUCGCUUGCCCAAAUGUCUGCCGUGAAGCUAAUAGCAGUGAUGCCCAUAGCAAGUAUCUCAUAGAUGUACGGGAAUAUAUGGGAAUUAAUGGAAAUAUAUGCAAAUUAAUAUUAAUACCAUUUAAGUGUAGAUGUUUUUUGCAUUGGAUAUAUUUACCAUAUCAUAUGGAGACAGAAACAUAAACCUUUUACCUUAUAAGUGGACAUAAUUGCAAAUGAUUAAAUCCUUCCAAUAUAAUUUUUUUUUAACUAUUUAGUUACGAAUUGAACUUUAAAUAAAUGAGUUGACUCUUCACAUGGGAUGAUUUCACUGAACAACAAAAGAAAGGGAAUAUUGAAUGAUCCACCGCAUCUCCCAAAAACGUUUUCAACAUACAUCUGUAAAAUGACAGUCUAGAAACUGAAGCUUUCGUUGUCUUCCUCUCAGGCUUCCAUGUCUUCUCCCUGAACCUCCUCAAUGUCCACCUCUUGAACAUCAGACUCUGACGCCUCAUCUUCAGUGUCACUUUCCAACCUUGUUGAGGAUUGCUUGUCAGGCUCAAAAAGCCUCAUUUGCCGGGAUGGCUACCAAUUUUUCAACCCUUGUAUUGGUCAGCCUGUUACGUGCUCUGGUGUGUGUGUUCCCAAACAAAGACCAGUGGCGCUCUGAGGCGGCUGAUGUUGGUGGGAUUUGGAGGAUUAUUGAGGCAACAGGGGAAAGAGCCUCAGAUCCACAAAGUCCCUUCCACCAGAUGGCUGAUGAGGUAUGUUGGCACGAUUCCCAUAUUGCAUCUCCAUCCCAAAGCCCUUCCUUGGAAGUGUACUUCGCCAGACUGCCAAGAACCUUGCCCUCAUCCAGACCAAGGUCGCGGUAGUGAUGAAACCAUAGGCUUUGUUGAUCUCUGCACCAGACAGGAUGCUCUUGCCAGCAUACUUGGGGUCCAACAUGUACGCUGCGGCGUGUGUGGGCUUCAGGUAGAAGUCUUCAAGCUUUUUGAUAUUUCAGAACUGCAGUUUCCUCUGCUUGGAGCAACAGUGAAGUGGGCAGGGCAAUACGGAUUUAUUUUCUUACAUCUGCAAGCAGAGUCUGAACAUCAGACAGGAUGGCAUUGUCUCCCUCAAUCCGUCGAACGGCUACUGCUAUAGGUUUCAGGCUGCUUACCACGCUAUCCCAAAAUACCUCAUCCUGGAAGAUCCUCUUGAUGUUUCUGUCCUUUUCGGCAGACUGUGAUAUGGCCAUUUCUUGGAGAGACUCCCUCCCCUCCAGGAGACUGUUAAACAUGAUGAAAAUACCACCCAAACAGGUGUUGCUGGGCAGCUUCAAUGUUUUCUUCUCACUUUGCUUGGUGAGGUAGAUUGCUGCUAUAUUUUGAUGACCCUUCACAUACCUAACCAUUUCAUUGGCUCUCUUGUAGAGUGUAUCCAAUGUUUUCAGUGCCAUGAUGUCCUUAAGGAGCAGAUUCAAUGCAUGAGCAGCACAGACAAUGGGUGUGAUGGUAGGAUUCCUCCACUUUAGACCAAGCAGCCUUCAUGUUCGCAGCAUUGUCUGUCACCAGUGCAAAUACCUUCUGUGGUCCAAGGUCAUUGAUGGCUGCCUUCAGCUCAUCUGCAAUGUAGAGACCGGUGUGUCUGUUGUCUCUUGUGUCUGUGCUCUUGUAGAAUACUGGUUGAGGGUUGGAGAUGAUGUAGUUAAUUAUUCCUUGCCACGAUUAUUCGACCACCCAUCGGAGAUGAUUGCAAUACAGUCUGCUUUCUCUAUGAUUUGCUUGACCUUCACUUGAACUCUGUUGAACUCUGCAUUCAGAAAAUGAGUAGAUAAAGCAUGUCUGGUUGGAGGGGUGUAUGUGGGGCGAAGAACAUUCAAAAAUCUCUUUCAACUAGUUAGUUAGCUAACAUUAGGCUAUAACUAGCAAUGCAAAUGGAAUUCUGAGAACAUUGUUACACACAGAUCAUAACUGUAAUGUUAGCUAGCAAGCCAUAGUAAGCUUUAACUUGCAAUGAAAACCACUUUCUGUCAAAUUUAGAAACUUAUAUCUAAAACUGUAGCUAGACUCUUACCUGUAUACAUGGAUGAAUGCUUCACAGCAGACUGCAGCCCCUUUCAUUGAGUAAGACGUCCUGUGUUGUUUCCGCUUUGUUUGGACAGCUUGCUUGGCCCAUUGGGUCAAGUCACUGGUUCACACUGACCGUGUGCAAUGCCAUAAGAAUCAUCAGAUCUUUCUCCCUCUCUGUCUCGGAUGCCAUUGUUGCCCUUAGUUUGAAAAUGUAAUCCGGAGACAGGUGUUUUAUACUACAGCCUUGUUUUCUCUUUUCGACUCCAUGGCAUUGCAAUCAAAUGCCAGAAUUCUAUUCAUCUCCUUGUCAUACUCUGCUUCUACCAGACAGUCCGCUGAUUUCAAAACUCGGUCAACUUCUUCCGUGACAACAACACUAUUGAUUACUGUUUCUUCCCCAUCACUGUCAUCAGAAGACUCUACAAUGUGUUCUUCAAUUAAAAAUGUUUUUACCUAAAUCAGGGAUUUCCUCAUUGUCUGAUUCAUUUUCAGAGUCAGAGAGAGUCAGCAUGGCACGAUCGUCCUCCAGGAAAUAGUCCAUCACAACUUUUUCCCACUGACCUUUGCUGCCCUGAAUUUAUCAGGCAUCAAUGUUAUUGAGAGCAUUAGCACCACAUUUGCAGUUCUCCAUGGCUAAUGGUAUAUCUUUCGUAAAAAACUGCAGUAGAACGGAUUACACAUAACGAGCAACUCAUUUUAGAGACAGAAGAUGCUACAUGGCAGACCAAUCUGAAACUCAUCUCUUGGCAUGUCUAGCCUACUCAUUAUCUCAGCCAAUCAUGGCUAGCGGGAAGGUUCUUGGCUUUUUUUUGUGGCUAAACCAACUAAGCUCAUAAUUUAACAACUUUAUUUGUAUUUACAGAUGGCAUACACAUUUGUUAUUAAGACACAUGAAAGUUCAAAUGUUCCAGCAUUUUUGCCAAAAAACACAUUUUGAUUAAAAAAAAAAGAAUAACGUUUAAAUAACUCGUGUGAAGUCCUGACUUGCGACAUAUGCCUAGUUUCCUGAAACGAGUCACAAAUGUGGUUUCGACUGAUAAUUGAGAUGUACAAACUAUGGCAUAAGGGAACGAUGAACGGAUAAUCGCCAUCCGUAAUUUGAUUAAGACAUUAAGGAGCGAACUAGGACGGACAUAGUCAAUAUAACUAUUUGUUCAGCACUUUUGAAACCAUUCCUGAUACACACAGGAAACUGUUGAGCGUGAAAACCCCAGCAGCAUUGCAGUUCUUGACACAAACCAAUAGGUGCGCCUGGCACCGACUACCAUACCCCGUUCAAAGGCACUUAAAUAUUUUGUCUUGCCCAUUCACCCUCUGAAAGGCACACGUACACAAUCCAUGUCUCAAUUGUGUCUAGGCUUAAAAAUCAUUCUUUAACCUGUCUUCUCCCCUUCAUCUACAUUAACUUAAGUGGAUUUAACAAGUGACAUGAAUACGGGAUCAUAGCUUUCACUUAGAUUCACCUGGUCAGUCUAUUUCAUGGAAAGAGUAGGUGUCCUUAAUGUUUUGUACAGUCAGUGUAUAUGGAUGGAGAUAUUAUUGGAAUGUGCUUUAAUCAGACUGCAGUCCUGAAGGUGGUGGUAAUGCGCCUAAACAAACAAGUUAACCCUCAACAAAUGAAGAAGUCAACAAAACAACAUUGUUGCCUUCAUUUCGGCGUCAUUCGGGAUAGAAUUCAAAGUAAAACAAAUCUGUAGCUACAAGCGACCUUCAUAUUAUGGUAUUCCAGUAAAAGAAGAACUUACAUAUUUAGGCAUAACCAUUACAAAGGAUCAGAAGUCUAGAGGCUUACUAAAUUUUAACCCUCUUAUUAAAAAUACCCAGAAGAAGCUAAAUCAAUGGCUACAGAGGGACUUAUUUUUAAAAGGUAGAGUCCUAAUGACCAAGGCUGAAGGUAUCUCUAGACUAACAUAUGGCGCUCUAUCUUUAUAUCUUGACAGUAAAAUAAGCAAGGAGAUAGGCCAGAUGCUUUUCAACUUUCUUUGGAGAAACCGUACCCAUUACAUUAGGAAAACUGUUGUAAUGAACACUUAUGAGAAUGGUGGACAGAAUUUUCUGGACUUUACUACUUUAAAUAAUACUUUUAAGAUCAAUUGGAUAAAACAAUUCCUAAGAAGACCCACUUCUAUCUGGAAUUUUAUUCCUCAUCAUGUCUUCUCUACUUUUGGUGGCCUUAACUCCAUGUUGUUGUGGUGCAAUUAUAAUAGUGACAAAAUUCCAGUGAAACUUUCUGCUUUUCAUCGGCAGGUUUUCUUGUCAUGGUCCUUAAUUUAUAAACACAAUUUUUCUCCACACAGAUAUUAUACAUGGAAUAAUCGGGAUAUAUUGUAUAAAAUACUUCUUUGUUUUUAGAAUAUUGGUUCUGAAAUAAUAUCCUAUUGGUGAGCCAACUGGUAAAUGCAGAGGGUCUUUUACUCAGUUAUAAGGAAUUCAUAUCUCUUUACAAGGUCCCUGUAACACCUAAAGAUUUCGCAAUUGUUUUAGCCAUUCCCUCAGGUGUUGCUCUGUUAUUCAGGAACGUGUCAAGACCUGACCCUCAGAGCAUACCUUCUAUUGACCCUGUUGACUCAUCAGUAGGAAAGAUUUGUUUCUCUUUUGGCCCAUUCAACAACAGAGCGAUACGAACCUUGUUUCAGCGGGAUGUUGUAUCUAUACCUUAUGUCAUGCCUUAUUGGAAUGGAUUUAUUGAUAAUAUCUGUUGGAAAAAAGUUUGGAUGUUGCCACACACAUACCUACUGGUUAACAAAAUUAAGGAGGUUCCCUUUAAAAAAAAUCAUAAAUAUUACCCUGCCAACCACUAUAUGAGGAAGUUUAAGGAAAACAUAAAUUCAAAUUGCUCCUUUUGUAAUGACCACCCAGAAACAGUGUUGCAUCUUUUCUGGCAUUGUAUACAUGUAAGAAAACUGUGUCAAGACAUCAGUAGAUUUAUAAUUGAACACAUUUAUGAAGAUUUUACACUAUUGUGGAGAGAUGUACUGCUUGGAUUCUUUACAUACGAUAAAAAUAAGCUGAAACAUUUUUAUGUAAUUAAUUUCAUUAUUCUUUUGGCCAAAUUUCAUAUACACAAAUGUAAAUUUACUAACAACUAUUAAAUACUCUACUAACAAAAAAGCUGUUAGAAUUGUAAGUGUAUGUAUGUCCCUUAAGGUCCUUGUGUCAUUGUAAUGUGAUAUUUGUACCCCCUAGCUAGAUUGUCCAUUAUAUAUAAUCUAUAUAUACUUGUGUUCCCUUCUGUACUUUCUGUAUUGAUUUGUUGUUAAUAAAAAUAAAAAAUAAAUUAAUCUGUAGCUACAUCUCA